CUAGUACCUUUAUCUCCCCAUUACUUUAGACAAGUCUCUCUACUUUAAAAACUUUAAAGAUGCUAAGCAGCAAAAAUAAGUAACACAAGUUACACAACACAGUCGCUUUCUCUUCAUUCUCAUCGAUUUUGACAUGGCUUGGGGAUUUUCGUCCGUGUCUCUCUUCUUGUUCGUCGUUUUCAAUCUGGUGAGUGCUAAGAUAGUUUUAGAAGAUGGGUACGAGGUCACAACGGUGGUCGACGGCCAUAAGUCUGGUCUGAAUCCAUACACGAUUCAUGCUUUACCUGGAUCUUCUAAUCUCAUCGUCCUUGAUUCUUCCGGCAGUACAUUCUACACUACUUCAUUUCCUUUGUCCGUUGAUAGUGUGAUAAACCGGUUUGCUGGGGAUGGGACUUCGGGUUAUGUAGAUGGUAAAGCUGGUAACAGCCGGUUCAACAAAACCCGUGGUUUUGCUAUCGAUGCUAAAGGGAAUGUCUAUGUUGCUGAUAAGAACAAUAAAGCUAUACGCAAGAUCAGCUCUUCAGGUUAUGUAACCACCAUUGCUGGAGGGAUCUCAAAGGAAUUUGGACACAGAGAUGGACCUGCACAGAAUGCAACUUUCUCUAGCGAUUUCGAGAUAACUUUUGUUCCUCAAAGAUGUUGUUUGCUUGUUUCUGAUCAUGGAAAUGAAAUGGUUCGCCAGAUAAAUCUUAAGGAGGAGGAUUGCCUCGAAAGCUCUCAUUCUAAUUUAGGGACAUAUUCUCUUUGGUCGAUAGGGAUUGUUCUUUCAUGCAUUCUCGGGGUAGCCAUUGGAUUUGCUGUCCGCCCUUACAUCAUUCGUCAUACAGGAAGAAGUGAACCACCUCUCGUUCAUCAUGACAUGGAAGCUUCUCCUAACCAAAUUGGGGGAACAAGUUCUGACCUUCUUCUCCUACCUAUUUUAGACAAGACAUGCUCUGUAUCUGAUCCCAAGAGUCCAGGUUGCGGCAACCCAAAGCCGCCGCUUUCACUGAAACCCUCUGAUGAUCAUAUGGACCUAAUAAGCUUUGAUGAUGAACAAGAACCUGACAAUGACAAAGAUUGCAGUAAUGAAGAGACUCUUCCUCAUGCAACCAUAGAUGACAUUAUAAAGGUUCAUGUUGAAGGAUUUUCAAAGAUGGCUGAAGAAGAUGCUGCAACUCAUGGUUCUUCAAUUACUGAGUAGGUUUCAGUUAAAAGCACAUGAAGCAGAGAGUAUGUAUCUUUUGUAAAUGUAAUGUUUGACAUUCAAAGUUUGGUUGAGUUGGAAAAUCUUUUUUUAUUGAAGUGCUUAUGUUUUUUUCUU